AUGGCGGGCUUUCCUGUCUUGGGCUUGCUGGGCCUUCUACUGCUUCAGAUCACGCCUCCAGUAUGCCAUGGCCAGGGUUGUCCACAAGUCUGUGACUGUGUACCCCAGAGAAAGUCUGUGAAUUGUCAGAACAAACAUCUGAAUUCUUUUCCAAAUGGAAUUCCAUCUGACACAAGAUUGCUAGACCUGGGUAGAAACCAGUUGCGCUGGGUGGAGCAUGGUGACUUGAAAGUCUACACACGUUUGGAGGACUUAAAUCUUAGUGAGAAUCUCAUCAGUGUACUUGAGCCCAAUGCUUUUUCCAGCUUACUUAAUCUUCGCAUAUUACGCCUACGUGCCAACCAGUUGAAGCUGGUGCCAAUGGGUGCCUUCUCACAUCUUGCCAAUCUCACAGUUUUGGACUUGAGUGGAAAUAAAUUGGUCAUAUUAGUGGAUUUUACAUUCCAGGAUCUGCGGAGGCUCCAAAAAUUAGAGGUGGGCGACAAUGAUUUGGUGUAUAUUUCAAACAAGGCAUUCCUGGGCUUGACUGGCCUAAGGGAACUUACUAUUGAGAGGUGCAACCUGACCUCUAUUUCAGGGCAAGCACUGUCCUAUCUCCGUGGAUUGGUGUCACUACGGCUACGCUACCUCAAUAUUGUCUCAUUAGAGGAGCAUAACUUUCAUAAGCUGGGUGGACUGCGGGGUCUUGAGAUUGACCAUUGGCCAUUUUUAGAGUACAUUUCCCCAUAUAGUUUCCAAGGUCUCAGUUUAUCCUGGCUUUUCAUUACCAACACCAACAUUACUACAGUUCCAUCAGGUGCCCUUCGUAAUCUUAUCCAUUUAUCCAGUCUUAAUCUGUCCCACAAUCCCAUUUCUGUUCUUGAAUCUUGGGCUUUGCGUGAUCUGGUCAAUUUAAAGGAAUUACACCUUGUGGGCACCAACCUGAUGUGCGUGCAGCCUUAUGGCCUUGGAGGUCUGCAGCAGAUACGUUUACUUAACCUGUCCAACAAUAGGCUAGUAACACUAGAAGAAGGUACUUUUCACUCUGUAAACACCUUGGAAAUACUUCGGCUUGAUGGUAACCCUCUGUCCUGUGACUGCCGUUUGCUGUGGAUCUUGCAGCGUCGGAAGACCCUUAACUUUGACGGCAAGUUCCCAGUUUGUGCAAGACCGGUUGAGGUGCUAGGUAAAGCUCUUAGUGCCUUCUCUGACACAGCACUCCUGGAUCACUUUACGUGUCAGCGACCGAAAAUCCGCAACCGAAAGCUACAACAGCUAUCUGCACGGGAGGGUCAGAUUGUAUCAUUUUAUUGUCAAGCAGAUGGAGACCCAACGCCAACCAUCUUCUGGAUUUCACCUCAGCGCCGCCGCAUCACUACUAGAAGCACUGGUCGCCUUAUAGUGUUGCCAGAGGGCACAUUAGAAAUCCACUAUGUCCAAAUAACAGAUAGUGGAACCUAUAUUUGCAUUGCUAGCAAUGCAGGAGGUAAUGACACCUACUUUGCCACCUUAACUGUCACUGGGAUACCCUUGGAUGCAGGUCUCUUACCAAAUCGCUCCUAUGUAGGUGACCUCAAUGACAGUAAUCUGAACGACACACGGGUCUUCCUAAAGUUCACAUUAGACCUCAAGACCAUUUUGGUCUCCACAGCAAUGGGUUGUAUAACUUUUUUGGGGGUAGUCAUUUUCUGCUUCUUGCUUUUGUUUGUGUGGAGUCGUGGACGGGGACAGCACAAAAACAACUUUUCUAUGGAGUACUCCUUCAGAAAGGUGGACGGUCCUUCAGCCAGCGGGGGCCAAGUUAGUGGGGUUGUUGCAGGUGACUUUACCAUCCACGGUAACAGCUUGCAAAUAAAAUUGCAUGUUCUAGACGGGUUAAAUUUACAUCUCAAACAUCCUCUGGAAGAACAAACAUAUCCGUGCCACAGAUUCUGUAUGCAUGUUUGUGAGUAUUAUGCAAGUACAGGUGUCAUAAAAAAAAAACUCUAGGAAUACAAAAUGCACAAAAAGGUGUGUAUACAUAAUUGUAUGUUUUGUGAAUAAGAUGUUGUGUGAAUAAAGUUUGUUACAGACAAACAUUUAGUAAAUCAGGGCCGUUGUGUUUUAGGUCAAUGAUCUUUGUUCACAUGUAAUGUAUAUUUAUACGUAUAGUUCAGUCUUAGGCACCGUAUAUAUAUCCAGUGUUUUUAGUACCAAGUUUGUUAUAGAUGUUAAUUUUACGAUUUCUGCAUUAUUGAGUCCCUACUAAAAAUAUAUAUAAAUAUAUAUAUAAAAAACAAUGAAAUGUUACAGAAAAAUGUUUGCAUGUCAGUAAAGAUCAGAGAAACUUGUGUAAUGGUGAAACAUGGUCUUCAGAAGAACUGAGGUACGGUAUUCGAGAUGCUCAGUAAAAUUAAUUUUACUUUUUUUUAUUUUAUUUACCAAUCAGCCAAAUUUCUUAUAAAACUGCUGACAUUUAUUUUUAUUGGAAAGUAAGCUAAAGUUAAACUAACUAACAGUAUAUGUACUGUAUACACAGUGCCUUAGAUAUCAUCAGAUUUAUCUAGAUUACAAAUUCCAUUCAGAUUGUUCUAGAAAGCAUUUUAUCACAUAUACAUUUAAAUAAAAUAAUUCUGAGAAACCUAAGUAAUGAUGAAGAGUCUUUACAUUUGUAGGAGAAGGCAUUAGGGUUAGGACCUUGUCUACUGUAUACCAUGUAGUAUACAAAGAUCAUGCCUUACUUCUGUUGCCAGAACAGCUGUUUUCCAAGGCCUCAGUUUAUCCUGGCUUUUCAUUACAAUCACCAACAUCACUAGAGUUCCCGAUGGAGCCCUUCAUAGUCAUAUCCAUUUAUCAAGUCUGAAUCUGUCCCACAAUCCAUUUACUGUUCUUGAACCUUGGGCUUUUUUGUGAUUUGGUCAAUCUAAAGGACUUACAUAUAGUGUGAACCAACCUGCUGUCAUGCAACCUUAUAGACUUGGAGAAAUGCAGCAGAUACUUUCAUUUAACCUGUCCAACAAUAGGCUCGUAACACUACAUGAAGGCUCUUUUCACAUUGUAAACACCUUGCUAACACCUAACAGCUUCUGGUUACAGCUGCUCAAGAGGAUAGAUGGAAUGGCAGUACCACUGGUUACUUGAAAAAUGUGCAGUUCUCCAACUCCAUCUGCUGGAGAUUCACAUCUUCACAUGACCCGCUUCAAGAAAAUUCCAUCUGACUGCCUAUAAAGCACUAAAGUGCUGACAAAAUAUUUUUUUUUAAAAUAUCUACUGGUCCAUAAAGAGACAAGGCUUCAUCUCUGACCAAAGAGCAUGGGUCAUGUUUCAUUAAAGAGAUAUGGCAUAGAAUGCUUCAGUAACCGUUGUGGUGUAUAAGACUGCACAGACUGAUGCACUUCUAAAACAUAGUUACAUUGCUUCUUUUUUUUUUUACACUGAUCUGUUGUGUUCCAUGUACGUUUGAAAGAAGAGGAAGCGCUGCUUCAUGUGUUGCAACACAUACGCAGCUGCUUCAAGCUGUUGGUGUUGAUAAUGCAGCGUUGUUUUAAUCAGUUUGAACUAGGCCGUGCAUUGAGAUGCACUUUGCAAAGACAUCUUUGAUGUUAGCUAAUACGGUCCAGAAUGAGUUCAGUCUGCAGAACUAGCCUUUCUGACUUUCAGAACUAGCCUUUCUAAAUUUCAGUUGUUGUUUCAAAUAUUUUAAAAUGUAAAAUAUAUACAAGGGAAAAAAAGUUUCGAAAACUAUUUUGCGUUUUUAUGCUUCAGCAAAAUUUCAAGGGUCGGAAAGCAGGACACAGCAUCAGCAGAGCAUGUAAACUCCAAUUGUUAAAAAAAUUCUAUAUUUAUCAAAUAUGUUAUUUGAUGUAUAUAUAUAUAUAUAUAAAUUGCAGAUUCUGAUUAACCCCAAAUAAAGAUGGUGUGUUUCUGUAAAAUGUUAUUUGACAACAUCUCGAAAUCAUGCUUAUAUGUACCGUGGAAUACUGUGAAGUUCUUCAUCAAUAAGUACCACAUUUGCAUUACUAAAAACAGGAUGUUCUCCAAAAUGAAAAAAUAAGACAAGAAAAGUCUUACCAGGGACGCUGCCAAGAGACCACA